ACCUAGGCUGAGAGUGGAGCACCUUAGGGCACGCGGGAUGCGUUUGGAAGCCGAGGGGCCCAGAAGCACCGGAGUCGAUGUUGGCUUUUUGUGUCCUCCGAGUUCCAGAGCAUUACCCGCUGCCCUACGAGGCCAAGCAUGCUGCCAAAGGUCAAAGCAAGUUUGUUCAUCCAAAAGGGACUAUUGUACUUUUGAGCGGAAAGACUCCCCGGGCUCUGCUGCCUUCCAGGCAUUCUUCCAGGAGCUUUCUCCCCCUGCAGGCCUGGGCUUUAAAUGCAGCUUGUUUUUAACCGUGGGAUGCUGCUUUAUUCUUGGCGUUGGCGCCAAGAGCGGCAUUCAAGCCCUACCAAUUAAUUAUGGCCUUCUCGAGAAGAGGGGCUGUCCCUUAGGUCUAAAGUUGGUGCUCCUGGCUUUACUGGCAGGAUGUGCUUUUGAAGUCUUCCGCGUGCCUACUCAGCCAGCAUGCUACUAUGUACAAGCACGAGCAUGCCAGGAAGCCCAGCUUUGGUUUUGGCUUGGCAAAUAACUUACCUGGAUCCACAGAGACAUCACCAUCGUUUCCUGCGCCUAAUUUCCUUCAAAACUUACCAAACUGUACACUCGAAAUAUGUGUAAUUUACAUGUCAACAAAACUUGCUUCAAAAAGCACACUCCCAGGAUUCAAUAAUCAGUGUCAGCU